AUGGAUUCAUCAGUAUCUUAUAAUGUUGGCGAGCACACCGAGAGCAGUCUCGAAGUGGCAUAUCAAGAAGCAUUACGCAACACGGAAAGCAUUGUUAAAGAUGAGGCUGCGCGGCGACUGAGGCUCCGAAUCUUGAUGCUGGAGAACGAGAAUGAUGAUCUGCAUGAGCAGCUUGCGCUGGGGGAUGAUCGUAUUGAUGUCUUGGAGCAGGAAGGCGACGAGCUGCGGGAACAACUGGAGCGCGCCCAUGACGAAAUACAGCGCCACGAGGCAGAUGCGAGAGUUCAGACACGUGAACUGAAUAACCUACGGGCCGCGUUGACUUCCAUGAACGGCGUCACAAUGGAUACUACGAAGUUAUUGACCGAAAAACUAUCACUUGCGCGGGAGCUUGCCACGCUGAAGCCGGAACUCGAGCACCUGCGUUCUCAAGCGUCGUAUCAGCAGAUAACUCUGUCCGAAAAGUUGGCAUUGCAGCGUCAAGUUAGUACAUUGGAGGUGGAAAUUGAAACCGAGAAACGCGCUUCGAAGCGAGCUGCGGAGAAGAAUGACAGGAGGGAGAGAGAAGCAGACCUCCGAAGUCAAUUGGAAGUAUUGCAGAAUGAUCUGGUGCGAGAAAAGAACAACAGGACGGCGAAAGAAGUAGAGCUCCAGAGCCAAUUGGAAUCCCUACAGAAAGACCUGGCGCGAGAGAAGAAAGAGGGCGGGAAGACUCACAAAGAGGUCGAGAAGGAAUUGAAAGCGUCAGAGACUCGGCAUACAGUGCUCGAAAGCAAGCUGGACCAGAUGCGGACAAAGUUACGAGCUACGAAGGAAGAGCUGAAAGAAUGUCAGACCGAGCUCACUCAGGCUCGCGCAGCCCCGGCGAAGACAUUGAGUACAUCGGCCAGUGCGGAUGCUUCAACUAGACCACGCAAAAGAGCGGCUUUGGAGAUGAGUACCGAUGUAAAUAUUGGUACGCCAGAUGGAGUUGCAGCUAGGGGAAAGAAGCCGGCCGUCAAGAGGGGUAGAAAGGAUCAGACCAUGGUGGGAGAGAAGUCGAUGUUUUCGAUCACCCCUUUCUUAAAUCGUACAAUGAACAUGGCUCUCGACACGCCCGCCAAGGAUCCGGAAGCUGAUAGCGUGGAAGAGGAAGACCAGGAUACCGACAAUCAAAGAUCUGAAGCGGAGGUAGCAUCAGAAGCUCCCGAAAUUCCCGAGACAUCGACGCCGACUGCUGCUCCUAAGGCUAAAGGUAAGAAGAAGGUCGUAGAUAAGCCUGAGGUACUUCACAAAAAGGCUCUCGGCGAUACAAAGAGCAAUACCCAAAAUAAGAAACCUGCACCGAAAAAACGGACAAUUAGCACACUAGAGAAGGUCACCGAGGAAGAUGUCGAUGAGAAUGAGGAACCACGCCAACCCGCUGCUGCGGUUACUACCUCCAAGAGCGUGGCUGCACCAAUGGCAGGAACUAUGAAGCCAGAAAAAUUGCAAUCAAAGGCAGCCGAGACUGAGGAUACAGUUCUGAGGAAGAAAAAGAGAAAGUUGCUAGGAGGAAAGACCCUGUUCGAUGAAGAAGAUGGUGAGGCUACAAAGCGACCCACAAAGGCUUCUCUUGGAGCUCCCAGGUUACUCGCAAAGGGUGGUCUUGCUGGUCCGGGCGGUGGUCUUAGGGGAGGACUCGGAGCUGGGAUGGGAACAUUUUCGCCACUGAAAAAAGAUCGGAGGGGUGUAGGAGCUAGCUUUCUUGCCUGA